CAGGCCCAGGCCAAAAGCAUUCGACAGCAGCACGACUCUGGACUGGCAAUAACGCAUAACGCAUAAGCCAAAGCCAAAGCCAUAACGCGGCUAAUCCGACUUGAUUCCACAACCGAUAUUGAUACAGUUGCAGUUGCAGUUACAGUUACUGUCUGUGUGUGUGUGCUCCAGUUGCUGCCGCUGCCGCUGCUGCGGCUCCAUUGUUGCCGCUCUGUUGCCACUUGCAACUGUCAACGUAACUCACAAUUGAAUUGUUCCUUUGUUGUGCCAGCCCCUCAUCCCGCCCACCAUUUGCAAAUCUUUCGAUACGCGCUCGGCGUAUAAUUGGCAAACGUUUGUACUUGACCGCCAGCCAGUGCGAUCCCGAUCCCGAUCCCGAUCUCAAGCUCGAGCACACGUGUCAACGUCACGAUGCUGGUGCCGCCGGAUAUGAUGGCCGCCCAGACGCGCAUCAUUUACCAAAUGAAUCGGUUCUGCGCCGAGCGCGUCCAGACGCGCAUUUUCAAAACGGCGACGGCCAUACGCGAAAUCUGCAAAAUUGUUCAGGAUAUACUCAAGGAGGUGGAACUGCAAGAGCCGCGCUUCAUUUCCAGCCUGGUCGAGUGCAAUGGCAGAUUCGAAGGCGUCGAGGUUAUAUCGCCGAAUGAGUUCGAGAUUGUGCUCUAUCUGAAUCAAAUGGGCGUCUUCAACUUUGUGGACGACGGCACGUUGCCGGGCUGUGCGGUGCUGAAGCUGAGCGAUGGACGCAAGCGUUCCAUGUCGCUGUGGGUGGAGUUCAUCACAGCGUCGGGUUACUUGUCGUCGCGCAAGAUACGCGCCCGCUUCCAGACGCUGGUGGCGCAGGCCUGCGAGAAGAGCAUCUAUCGCGACAUGGUCAAGAUGAUGGGCGACAGCACGGAGGUGAAGUUGCGCAUACGUGAACGCUUCGUGGUCCAGAUAACGCCGGCGUUCAAGUGCUCGGGCAUCUGGCCACGCUCGGCGGCCCAUUGGCCCAUGGCGCACAUUCCCUGGCCGCAUCCCAAUCUGGUGGCCGAGGUGAAGAGCGAGGGCUUCGAUCUGCUCUCCAAGGAGAGCAUCGCUAUGCAGAACAAGAACAACAAUGCGGCCAGCAUGGAGGGCGAUGCCUGGGUGCUGAGCUUCUUCGAGGCGGAGAACCGUUUGCUGCAAGGUGGCUGCCGACGUCGCUGCCUGAGCAUAUUGAAGACGCUGCGUGAUCGCCACCUGGAGUUGCCUGGGAAUCCGAUCAGUGCAUAUCAUUUGAAGAAUCUUUUGCUCUACGAGUGCGAGAAGCAUCCGCGUGACUUUGAGUGGGAUGAGAGCUGCAUGGGCGAUCGGCUAAAUGGGAUCUUCUUGCAGUUGAUCUCCUGCCUGCAAUAUCGCCGCUGUCCGCAUUAUUUUCUGCCCAGCCUGGAUAUGUUCAAGGGCAAGUCGCCCAGUGCGCUGGAGCAGGCGGCCAAGCAAGUUUGGCGCUUGACACGAGAGAUGCUUACCAAUGCCAAUGCCUUUGAGAAGUUGUAAAGAGAGAGCGCGAAAGAGCGAGAGAGAGAGAGAGAGCGAGCGAGAGAGUAUUGUAAUUCAAGGUGCUAAAUUUUCAUUGUCGCUGAAUCUGAUAAGUGAAAUGCCCACAGGGCUAGGGCUGCCAUUUUGUGUGCCAUCUAUGUAUGUGUGUGCGGAUGUGUGUGUGUGUGUGUGUGUGUGUGUGUGAAGAGUACAAUAGCUCAGAGCGAAAUCCGAAGUGUUAAUGCCGAGAUGCGAGAUAAGAUCCAACUUCACUCCACUCCACUCCACUCGACUCGACUCGACUUGUUUGCUUUUUGUUAUUUUUCAUUCAAGUCCGGCCAUUUAUUUUUAGCCGGCAUGCCUGGCUGCUUAUCCUGCGAAUAUUAUUUUUAAUAACCAUGGCAUUCAUAAUAAUUCCCAUGCCCCCUGAUGGCCAAACAAUGCCCACAUAUAAAACAAUGAGCGAACAAACAAACAAACAAAUACUUUUGAACAAAAAGAGCAUUUGGCCCAGCUCCGUCUCCGUCUCCGCUCAACUGUGAGCGGCUUUGCCAACAAAUCGUGUACACACUGUAAAUUACACACGGCUCGCUGUAUACGCUAAAUAUUAAAUAUUAUAUGUGCCUACAAGCAAUAUAAAAUACUUUAGAUAUAUCUAUAGACGAUCAUUGGUCCUUCCACAACUCUGACUGAGCUACAAAAAAGUUACUCAACAACAAAUUGUUACAAAAUCUCUGUCUACAUAUG